GCGUUUUGCUGGAAAGCUAGAAGGGAAGGCGUACUCAUUCAGUGACUAAACUUUGAGGUUUGACCUCCCAAAAUUGGGCCAUUUUCCUAACCCUAGCCACGCUUCACCGCAAUCAUCGUCCACCUUCCUGAAAAGAACCACUCCCAAUUUUUCUCACUCUUUCCCAUUUCUCUAAUUUAGCCCUCUUUCUCCUCAAAUUCCAGAUCCUUCCAAUCCAUCCCUCUCUCCCACCGAAGCCCCAUGCGCCGAAGCUAAUCUCGUGUUCUUCUAAUCACCUGGAGUUACGUGGAUCCUUCCAAAGCCAGAUCGAGGUAAACCCUAGUCGAUUCAGUGGUUUUUCGUUUUCGGUUCUUUGUAAUUUUCCGGGGCAAUGCAAAUUCGUAGUUGGUGGCGACUCACGCGAGUUUUGAAUUUGGACGCUUGAUUUUGUUGGUUAUUUUCCCACUUGGUUCACUGGUUAAGAUCGAGAGUUAAAAGACAGGAUCUCUUCAUUUUGGUAUUGAGGUUUUUGUUUUUGUUUUUUGUUUUGCCCAUUUCUGGUUGACUAGUGGAUUAGGUUUGGACAGUGAUGUCUGUGAACAAUAAUAACCCUUCUAAGGGCAUUGGGGCAUCUUCCUCAUCCUUUGGCAAUGCUGGAAUACCCUCCAAUUCUAUACCUGCAAACCAUGGUUUUUCACAGUCCCAAGGACAAGGCCAGAUUCCCGUUGGUUUUCAAGGGCAGUUUCCACUUUCCCAGGCUCAUGCUAUUGUCCAAGCUCAGUCCAAGGCCCAGGCCCAGGCUCAGGCCCAUGCCCAAGCAGCAGCUGCAGCCCAUGCUCAAAUCCAGGCUCAUUUGCAAGCACAGGGGUUGACUCUUAAUCAGAACCAAGGUGGUGGUUUGGGGAGUUUGGGGCUGUCGUCGGCUAUUUCCACACCGGGUAAUGCAAGUGGGAAACGGAUCCCUCUAAAACCCCCAAUUCGGCCAGUGGGAUUUUCCCCUCCUAACAGCUUCUCCCCUUUGAGACCGAUGGAGCUCACACCUGCUUCGCGGAGGAAGAAGCAGAAGCUUCCCGAGAAACAGCUGCAAGAUAAAGUGGCAGCUAUAUUACCUGAGUCUGCACUGUACACACAGCUUCUAGAGUUUGAGUCUCGUGUUGAUGCGUCACUUGCUAGAAAGAAGGCUGACAUCCAGGAAGCGCUCAAAAACCCACCCUGUAUUCAGAAAACUCUUCGCAUCUAUGUAUUUAACACUUUUGCUAAUCAAAUUCGCACAAUUCCAAAGAAGCCGAGUGCAGAGCCUCCAACCUGGACGCUGAAGAUAGUUGGAAGGAUAUUGGAAGAUGGUGUAGACCCUGAUCAGCCAGGAGUGGUUCAGAAGUCCACUCCUCUGUAUCCGAAGUUUUCAGCUUUCUUCAAAAGAGUAACCAUUUCUUUAGAUCAGAGACUAUAUCCAGAUAAUCACAUUAUUAUGUGGGAGAAUGCUCGAUCACCUGCUCCACAUGAAGGUUUUGAAGUAAAGAGGAAAGGGGAUAAAGAGUUUACCGUGAAUAUACGUCUGGAAAUGCAUUAUGUGCCUGAGAAGUUUAAGCUUUCACCAGCUUUGACAGAGGUUCUUGGUAUUGAGGUUGAUACCCGCCCAAGGAUUGUUGCUGCGAUCUGGCACUAUGUAAAGGCCAGGAAGUUGCAAAACCCUAAUGACCCUUCUUUCUUUCACUGUGAUCAGCCUCUUCAGAAAGUAUUUGGAGAAGAAAAGAUGAAGUUUACAAUGGUUUCGCAGAAAAUAUCUUCACAUUUAUUCCCUCCACAGCCUAUACUUUUGGAACACAAGAUCAAGCUAUCGGGAAACAGUCCAGUUGGGACUGCUUGUUAUGAUGUGAUGGUUGAUGUUCCUUUCCCAAUUCAGAGGGAGUUGUCUGCUUUAUUGGCUAAUGUGGAAAAGAACAAAGAGAUUGAGACAUGUGAUGAAGCAAUAUGUGGAAUCAUUAGAAAAAUUCAUGAGCACAGAAGGAGACGGUCAUUCUUUCUUGGUUUCAGUCAAUCGCCAGUAGAAUUUAUUAAUGCAUUGAUUGAAUCGCAAAGCAGGGAUCUGAAACUUGUUUCCGGAGAACCUAGUCGCAAUGCAGAGAAAGAGCGUCGAUCAGAUUUCUUCAACCAACCAUGGGUUGAAGAUGCUGUUAUUCGAUAUCUGAAUCGCAAACCAGCUGUGGGAAGUGAUGCUCCAGGAAGCACAUGACACCGGGAUUUCGAGGGCCUCAUACUCAGUUAUUCAUCCCUUUUGGCGAUGUAUUUGAAGAUAUAUACUACGAGAAUUUCUGAAGUAGCUAGUUUUCCGACUUCCAUGCUGUAUUAGUGGCGGGAAGGAAUGCUGCUCCAUGGUAAUUAAUAUAUACAAUAUGUUGUUGUAUGGGUAGUAUGAGCACAACUAGUUGCAGUGCUGAUGAUUGUUUAUUAGGAUAAAUGGUACCACAGUUUCACGUCUAGUUGUAGUCAACUGUGGUGAAUUCUUUGGUAACCUCACACUUCAUUUCUCCGCGCAAGAUGCUUGUCGUUAUGGAAAAUUGUAUUAGGAAGGAUUUGAUUGGUGUACAGUAUCUUCAGUUGUCAUGCGACAACACGAGAAAGAACAAAUGUUGCACCCCAUGGCUCCUAUUUCAUCCAUCUCUAGGUUCUGUUCACAU